CACGUGCAAUUGUUUUCGUUAGUUUGCUGCGCGUGGUGGUCCGGCGUACGACUUUCGUUUCUACUGCUGUAAAAAUGGGUAAAGCCAAGAAAUUAAAAACACACCGUAAUAAAACCAACCCUACCGGGUUGAUGGACGUAAACGAACUGAUAGAACAGGGUCUGGGCGGAAGCGAGAAAUCCGGCACUCCGGUCGAAGCUAUCGUGGAGCAGCUGGAGUCGGCCGUCACGGAGGAAAAAAUCUGUGGCUUGCAGUCACUGGCCACUAUCUGCCAGGGCGAGAUCAACGUGGGAGAGCUGGUGGGUAAUAAUGUGAUUCGGAUAGCAUCUUCUUUGCUGGUGGAUCCGGACAAGAGUGUACGGCAUGCCACUGCCGGUGCGUUACGAAACGUUUCGGUGGUCAGUGUGGAGCUGUGCGAAUUCAUGGUCGAUCAAGAUGUGCUGACACCGCUGUUGGCACUGCUGACCCGGUAUCCUAGCAAUGGGCAGUGGACGCCAACAUUCGAUAAGAAUAUGCAGAACCAGAUGGAUGAGCAUUCGGAUACGUUUUUGCAAGCCGUGAAUCUGCUGUGGAACCUGUGUGAAAGCACAUCGGACGCAUUGAAUGCGUUCAAUCAGUCCCCGUUGUUGGAGAAUUUCGUAACCUUUCUUAAUUAUAACGUGUAUGGGCUGGAAAUAGCUAUUGCAGUAGCUCAAUGCUUGCUAGUGGUCUCCGAAGACAAUGCGUCAUCUUGGCGGGUGCUAGCAAACCAUGGAUCGGAGCUUACAUCGCUGCUGGCAAUCGAUGUGGUGGACAAUUCAUCGUUAAUGUUGCGUACCUUAGCCGCCGCUAUUAUUGGAAAUGUUCCGGUGCUUUUGAAUAGUCACACGAGUCAAGUUCUGAUCUGUGUUUCGAAAACGCUGGAAACGAACCAUCGGUCAGCUUUGGGCAAUCUAACCAGUAUGCUUCCCCUUGAACCGCAAAAGGAUGUGGUCGAUUUGGAAGUAACAGAUGACGUGGUUUUCGACGAAGAAACGGAAGCACAAUCGCACCAGCGUCGACGAAAGGCCGAUUUGCCCUCGGAGGGAGAGCUGGAAGUGCGCAACGUCGGAAGGCUGCUGCAAGCGCAACGAAUAGCGGCCGAAAUACUGACCAACAUUUGCUCCUCGGAAGAUGACUGGCAGAGUGAAGGCAACGAAAACGACGAUAAUGGUGGAUCAGAUGCAGAAAGCGUGUACGAUUACGACACAAACACGUUGAAUGAAAGCGUAGAAAAUACGGACAAAGUGCCGGUGGAAGUCCUGGAAGCUAUCAAAUCGCUCGCACUGGUCGAGAAGCUAUGGCAGAAGGCCCAACCGGUGGCUGAGAAUGUGUACCAAAUUCUGGUCGAGUCGGAGCAGGGCACGUUGAAAAAGCUGGACGGGAUGCGGAUCUCCGCCAUGUUGUGUCUUCACAAUUUGUGCAACAACAUUUCAACGGAGGACCUGGGCGGGCCAGCGGCCGUCUACAAUGUAUGGAUUGACUUGGGUCAGCAAGUAUUCCAGGGCGAACGUAAUGAAAAGCUGCUGGAAGCAUCGACGUCAUUGAUGCGUGCUGCACUGGAACAUUUGCGCAAGAGCCCCGAGCUGUUCCAGCAAAUGACGGAGAAUGAUUUGCAACUAAUGUUGAACGGCGUGACGGGAUGUGAGGAUGUAGAAAUUCGGGCAAACUGGUUGCGGAUGCUGGGUAUUUUGGGAUGCUUGCUGCCCGAAUCGCACGUGAAAGCUAUCAUCGAUUUCGUGCUGAACACUUGCGCCAACGAAGAGGACGUUUGGGUGUUGGCGGAGGCGCUCGAUUCAAUGAUGGACAUUUUUGCCGACAAUGAUUGGCACUCCAUCAUGCAUGAGCUAGGAAUGAUAGCGAAGUGCAAGCAGCUGGAUCGCAUCAUGAGGGAAAAGUUGAAACGAGACAAACGGCAGCUAGGCGACCGCUUCCCGGCAGUCAGUACGGUACGUACCAAUUUGAGUCGGUUUUGUAAAUAUUUAGAAACGGAAUUGAAAAACUUCAAACCAAACAUGGAAUCGUAACCGUGCUUGGAAGUGUUAGUGCAGGUCAAGUUCAAGUCAAGUUCAAGUCAAGUCAGGUCAAAAUACAAUCUAUAAAAGCCAAUACCAACAAAGUUUGCAAGUACUGUUGAAUUAACGUUCUAAAUGCCUUAAACUUUGUUUUCAAUCAUUUGCCGUUUAGUUCGCUUAAAUCAUUCAUUUUUGAUUAUAAAUGCAUCUACAAUAAACAUUGUAGUGAAAUCAGA